CAACAAAAGCUAAAACCAAAAUCUUAUUCCCCAUACUUAGAGGUUAAGAGAAAUAAAACCUUUUUCCGGCGACGAAAUGGCUUCUUACUCCGGUUGUUUCUUCGUCGUUACUUUGGCAGUUCUGUCACAAUUUCUCUUAGCCCCAGCUUCAGCCUUGGUCAACAGAGAAUUCAUCGAUUCCAAUUGCCAACGAGUCAAAAACAAACAAUUCUGCAUCCAAACAUUGACCACCUAUCCUCCUACCGCUGCUGCCACCGGCCUGUUGCCAUUGGCGGAGGCCGUGGUCGGCCUUGCAAUAUCCCACUGCGAGAAAACAGCCGGUUUCGCAGCCGAGACAGCCAAAAAGGACGCAACAUUGAAGACACAAUUCAACGAGUGCCACGACGCCUAUGUUGGUAUUUUGGCGUCUCUAAAGAGCGCUCUAUUGGAACUCAAGGACUCACCAGACACUGCCAACUACGACGUCAUGGUUUCUGGCGAUGAAAUAAGGCGUGUGAAGAGUUUGGUCGAGAAAAACACCGAUACCGCUUCUAAGACACUUAUGGAGAUGACAUUGCAGAUGGAGAAGCUUCUUGAUCUCGCGGCUGGAGCCACCGAUGCUGUUGACGACGAUGAUGAGAACUUACAUCGUCGUGCUUGAAGUUUGAAACUAAGUCGGGUUUUUUUUUUCGGUUUUCGGUUUACUUUUGUUAAAAAAAUAUGAAUGGAUUC